UCUAAAAGUCCAAACGCGACUCAGCCCGUUGAUGUUGUGCUGAUUUAGGUAUCUUUCGGGUGAUGUUAUCAAAUCACGAUGCUUCCUGGGCUGUCGAGUGAUGGUGGGUGGUACGGUGAGACAUGCAUGCAACUCGCCUACUUCUCGGGGCUGUCCGGACCUCCUGAGAGCUGAAGAGAAAUUUCCGUGAUAAGUAGGUAAGCAGUCACCAGACACAGACAUGUGCUUUCUAAAGCCAAAGGGACCCUUGCCGUAUGCCCAAAGUGAUGUAAAAUACCAUGACGACGCCGAUACAAAAAGGCCAAACAAAGAAAAUCCACUACCUCGGAUCGCAAGCUUACCAGCGAAGCAAGAACUGCAGCCAACCUUUCAGAGAACCCACUCAACGAGAGCACAUUCCCAAGGAAGAAACGACCAUCUUGCUCGAAUUCUCAACCCUAUAUCCCACGGUUCUCCAUGUCCAACACCAUACCCCAAAACCCACCACCACCACCACCUGUUAACGAAAAAGUCCCUCUCCUCCCAACCCCAACCGCAGAAGACCACCUCAAGACCUCCUGCGGCAACCUCAUAACCUGGCUCGGCGGACCCUACGCCAUCCUCCUCCAAAUCGCCUCCCCCAGCAUCGCCCUCGGCUCCUGCACCCACUCCCGCUUCCGCACCCACCCCAUCUCCCGCUUCCGCCGAACCGCAGCCUUCAUCAUCGCCGUGGUCCACGGAACCGAGGAACAACGCAAUCUCAUCUGCAAUGCUAUCAAAAAACAACACUCCCACAUCCACGGCCCAAAUUACACCGCCAACGACCCCCUCCUCCAGAAAUGGACAGCAGCCACCCUCUUCGUUGCUGGCCAAAAAACUCACGAACUGUUUUCGAUUGAGAGGAAACCCAUGUCACGGGAGGAGAAAGAGGUGCUAUGUCAGGAGUUUGGGAGGUUUGCUACCGCGUUGGAUAUGCCGCUGGAGAUGUGGCCUGGGUCGUUGGGGGAGUUUGAGAGGUAUUUUAAUGAGGAGUUGCAAUCAUUGGAGAUUACAGAGGCGAGUAAGCAGGUGGCGGAUGUUUUGCUGAGAGGGAUGGAGUUGCCUUGGUUUUUGAUGUGGGCUUUGCCGGUUAUGAGGGUGUUGAUGGCUGGUUGGUUGCCAGAGAGGUUUAGGGUUGCUUUUGGGCUGCCUGAUCCGAAUGGGUGGGCAGUUUGGGGGGCGUAUUGGGUUGCUGUCCGGUUGAUAUGGGGGCUGAAUUGGCUAACGCCUGAAGGGGUGAGGGUGCUGGUUGAAUCGUGGAUGAAGAGGGACAUGGCGACGGCGGCGGAGGAUAUUAGGGUGCAUGGUCGGUGGAUGAUAUGAUACAACCUUCUCUUGUUCAUGCGGUAAGAUCUCCUAUGCAAUAAUGUCGACUCGGUCAUGUGCUGGAUUGUUUCGGUCCAAAAGUUCGAUACCCUGUUUGGUGUAGACCACAAUCCCCCGCUGCGGCUCGUCCACCGCAUAAGGGCCCAUAUUUUCUAGUACACACUUGUUAAUCGACAAGCCGAAGACUUCUGG